CUGACGUGAGUUAGGUCACCUCCUUCCCCUCCUCCUCCUCUUUCUCCUGACGAGGGUUUUGAUGUUGCUGGAAAAACUCUUGUUCAAAUUCGAACUCAAGGUUCCCUCCUCCACCUCCUCCCUCACCUUGAUCUGGAAUCCACUACGGCAUCUUCCCGAGAGAGGUAUAACGUUAAGUCGAGACAUUCUCUCCGGGCUCAAGUGGAGUCCGAUAUAUGAGUUUUUAUCUAAUCGACUUCUGGGUGCAGUGUGAAGGGCUUUGACAUCAUCCACACGACUUCCCGCCUGGCAAGCACAGAAGAAGAAGAAGAAGAGUGAGAUCUAUCGCUCGCCCAGCAGAAAUAAGUCAGCAUGUUUGACGGUUCCUGUCACAAGCAAAAUAUCGCUUGAAUUCAGCAGAGUUCACCAUACCCAAGUCGCAAGCACAAGAGAUCCUCCCCCCCCCCCCAUUCCCAUGGAGCAGAGAAGUGCACAGGAGAUGACGACUCUGCAGGACGUGGCUUACGUCGUCUGCUACGGCCACUUCCCAGAGUCUGGAACCAGAGGACUAAGCAACCCAACUUCCAGACCGACCAAAGACAUACAGGCAUCAUCAACUGGAGGAGCUGCGGAGUCUGUUGGUCCCCCUGCUAAGGCUUCGCCCGAGUCUCCAAGUUCCUCUCCUGAUUCGACCUUCGACGAAGGGCACGCCCCUCCUGACGAAGCGAACCCCUUCGCCGAGGAUGAGGAUAACCCGUUUUCGGACGAAGGGAAUACUAAUCCCUUUGACGACGAAGACAAGGGCAGAGAUGAAGAAGAGACCAACCCCUUCGCAGAGGAUACGAACCCGUUCGGGGAAGACGAUCCCUACGGAGGAGGAGACGAACGCCCCCCUCCGGAAGACGGAGAUUCGAAGCAAAACGACGCAACAACAAUUACGGGCGACGCCUCGUCGCCAACGGCGUCGCCAACGACCGAGACCUCGAUACCUGACGCCCCACCCGACCAAACUGAUUCUGCGCCCUCGACGCCAAGUGCAACCCCCCAGGACCUGCCGAAUCCUCUGGCGGACCCGAACUCGCCCCUGGCGACGGCCAUGAAGCUCAGCGACAAGAAGAGGGUGAGUCCCUCUCACGCCAAAGAGAUCAUCGCCGAAGCUUUCAACGUGACGAAGUUGGACCUCAACAGGCUUGUGGAAGAUACGAGGAACACGAAGGUUUCCCCAACAGCCGAGUUACUCCUUGAGGAGAUUCGAACAGAGGGCCUCCCCGUCUCACCCCCGUCAGAGACCUACCCAAUCCUAUUCCUGAGAGCUAGGGUGGGCCAGGAGGAGAAGUUUACGAACUUCAGCAGCACGUCUGCGACGAACACUAUCGAACAAUCCCUCACGCUGACUAUUCAGAAUAUGUACAACGACGUUCUGACAAUGGAAGUAUGGAGUGCCAACGUCCUGCCCUUAGAAGACCCCCAGACGCCUCCCAAAUUAGACCUCCUGGGAAGAAUUAUGACAGGCAGCAUGAGACGGAAGAGAGAAGAUUCCAGGUCUGCCAAGAUGAUGAAGAAUGCGAAACCCAACAUUGAAGAGCAUCAGCCCGACACAGAACGAGAGAUCUCGCCUGACACCCCCCGUCAAACACCAAGUCCAAAACCUUCGCAGGAGGAUCCCACCGAUAAAAUCAUCGGUGUUACUUCUGAAUUACAAAACGGAGACGCAGUCGACCACGAAAGUCCACACAGCCAGUCUCUUGACAACUCAGAUUCGAUUUCAGUCUCAUCAGAGAUGUCCAACGAUCCUAUUAAGACAAGUACCCCACGGGGUAGGUCUUCCAGCCUUCAACACUUGGAAGCCACAAACCUAGGAGACAGCUCUCCAAAGAAGGGCUUCAGGAGUAGUUUCAGAAAGAAAGCAGGCCACUUCCUUCGGUCGAGUCAUUCAAACCUGAGGAAGAGUAAUCAGAGCCUUAACACUACCGACUCUGCAUCGCCUGAUCUCUCAAGGAAGCCCUCAGAUGCACAUUCCAUGCAGUCAGAGUGCAAUGAAGUGUCUUAUCAAGAGAGUAAAUUAGACCGCGAGCACUCAAAAAGUUCACUCAGCAUAUCUUCGCUUACGAAGAGAACUUUCAGUAUGAGAUUAUCUAGCAAGAAAGCAUCAGGCCAAAUGAAGAGGUUCGCGUCAGUCCGUGCCAGAAAGAAGGACGCCCCUGAUGGAGCUGUCCCAUAUGUCAGUGAGCCCAACACGCCUAACCAACACCGUCAUCAGCUACAAAAUGAGAGUCCUGAACAAACAGAUGGCGUGACUUCCCAGCCUGUGGAACAAUCUAACCUAUCUCAAAAUCAUGUAGUAAACUCAGAAACGAUGAGUCCCAAGCCAAUAUCAAAGGGGCUGCUCACUCCCCGGCCUAUGAGACCCUUCAGGAACCUUAAAGCUUUGAAUAUCAACAACGACACGAAAAGCGAGUUAGUCCCAGUAAGUCCCACAAAAAAAUCCCCUACAGAAAAGAAGGCCAGGGUCAAGAUGCCAAACAACCCAGAGGAAAUUCAACAGUACCUUACACGCAUUGGGAAGGAUCAUUUGCAAGCAGAACGCAUAGCAUAUGCGAACGUUCCUCUAAAGGGUACUGUAAGAAACUGGGUUAAAGAAGGUUGGAUUCCCAUGACCAUAGUUCUGCCAAAUGUUACUGGGUUAACAACAGAAACAGGCAAGAAGAAGAAGACAAAGAAACAGACAACAGAUGAGACUGAUGCUACAGCAAAGAGUGAAAAAGAAGCUAAGGUUUUGUGCAAGAUGCACGUCAAACUGGCCCUCCCAGUGCCAAUGGAGUCAGAACUCAACUCUUCAGCUUUCGAGAGUUACAACUCCACCUACACUAAACUGGUCAACCUCAAAGUUCGAACUAUGGAUGACUUGACAGACUACAAAGGAGAUGUUGGUGUGGUUGGGGACAUCCUCCUGGACCAACUAAUCUUCUUCUCGCGCGUCAGUGUUUGGCACCAGGAACUGGUCUCUUGGUUGGUGUUGGCAGACAAGAAGCCUUCAGAUCCAACUCUUCUUCUUCCAUUCCUCUUAGCGAUUAAAAACGGCCUUCAAGAAGGUCAAUAUGUCACUGCGCAGAAGCUCAAGAUGGGAGAAUCUCUGUCGAAGUGGGUGAGGUACAUAAUGCCUAACGAGUUCGAAACGUUGCAUUCAUCCUUUCCUUGCAAUUCACAUCUUCUACACCUGCCAAGGCUUGAGCAUUUCCUAAGAUGUUUCAACACCAUAGAAGAAGACACCGAUCUCAAGAUCCUUUUCGAGAGGGAAAUGAACCUGAUCAAUCUGCCCUCACUCACAGAACAACUUAAAGGAGCGUUGAUGAGACACGCUGAAAUAUGGAUUGAAGCGCUGAAUAAGGAACCGCUCAACCAGGAGUCAAAUGUUAAUCUCGAGGGCGUCGGGACAACUGCCGACGAUGCCAAGUGGUACGAUGACCUCCGGAGGGCUGCACACCUGUCGAAGCCCAUAGAUGAUUUCUUGGUCAUCUGCGUCUACACCUAUCAGCCUAUAUUUAUGACGGAAAUGUCCGUCGACUACCUAUACUGGGUCCUGCCAAAAUUCCUAACAGCCUCACUGCACCUCAUCAUGAAGACGCACAACUUUCCAGUCAGCAAAAUUAGGAGUAUGCCUAAGGGCUACAUUCCAUUAGCCGCCCAGGCAGCCUGGAAGAUUUGCAGCAACAUCAGUGGAAUCAAUAAAAUCAGCAUAGAGAGCAAACUCCCCAUCCACCUGAUUGAACAAGACUUCCGGACGGCCUACUCCAACACAGUCCUCCAGUGGCUGACCCUCAGCGUCAUGCUGUCACUGCAGGAGAUGGAGAAUGACUUCCAACAGGAGGAGUUCGUCGCCAUCGACCCCGUCAAGGGCUACAGCCACUCCGCUGUCAGUAUGGUGGAUAUACUAAAAGCUAUCAUGUCUCGUCUGCAAGGACUCAGCUGGCCUGGGGGCAUAAGACCCGGAGUCAACACACUGACAAGAAUAGCAAAGCAAAUAGUAAUGCUUGUAAAAUUUUAUACAGACAAGAUUACGUCGACUUACACCACAAGAGAUUGUAACACUGGAAGGAUUCCUACAGAAGCAUGCGUAGUUGUCCGGAACGUGGAGCACGUCUGCGACGAGGCCAGGCAACACCUGACUACUCUGGCCUCCUGGGCAGAAGAAAUGCAGGUACAGGAGGAACUUCCUCCUGACGAAGAGGCUGAAGGGUUGGAGCUCCAACUCGAAGGUCGAAAUCAAAAGCUUCAAGAGCAGAUUGAUUCUGCAGCACAGAGGAUACUGCAGAAGUGCCUACCAGACCUAGAAGUGAUCCUGAAACAGGGUGUGAGUGCUAAUAAACCGGAUUAUGUCAUAGAGACUAUGGUAUCCAUAUUGCAACCCAUCGAAGACCGGCUAUAUUUUGCGGAAUCACUCCUGUUCGAGUUGUGGAACCGAAUAUUCAAGGAAGCUGAGAACUUCAUGCUGAGACUGCAACAGAACACCUUUCCUCUUCAGGGUCAGUGGAGAAGCGAUCUAAGAAGACUCGAGAAGUCCCUCAGUACCAUCUACAGCUUCCUUACUGACACAGAGAAAGUGGGAUUCCAGUUACCCGAUGAGGCUGUGCAAGAAUAUGAGAAGCUUAUUGACCACCUUAAAAUGUCUGGCGCAUCGUCUCCGGCAUUAGUAGCCAUGUACUACAAUGAGCGGUAUUUUGAGCAGUGCAAGGAAGUGGAUGCCAAAACCACCAACGUUAUCAUCACUAAUGUAACAUUCAGCAAAGAUGGCUUGAAGGUCUACAUCGCUCAAGCCCCCGGCAAUGCCCGAGGAGGGGUCCUGAUUAAGGCUCGAGUCGAGCCUCAGGAGUGGUUCCCCAAUGCCAUGCCCCAGAAGACCAGGCUCGUCAAGGCUGAGCAGGCGGUUUUCGACGAGACUCUCAACUUCUACGAGGUCCACCAUGAUGGCCCCCACAACGAGACUGAGGAGAACAGCGAGGGAGGCGGAGUCCUGAUCCUUCAGGUGAGAACGCCCAAACUCUUCAUGGGAAGCGUCGUCCACUGCGAAGCCAUCGUCCCCCUGGCGACCGUCCCCAGAGUUAAUGACGACACCCGCCACACAGUCCAGCAUCUGAGGCUGCCUCUGACCAGGCCCUGGAGUUCCAAGAAUUACAAAGCCCUCAGGACGCUGAAGACCCGAACUCAGGACGCAUGCGCGGGAGACUUCCUGAAGGUGUGGCACGCGCGCUGGGAAGGAGCCGACGAAGCCUCCAUGAACCCGGAAUCGAUAAAGGCGAACCCGAACUUCAUCAGGGCCACGGGUCUGAGGCUCAGCUCGAGGAGGAGGUCUUCCCUUCGAGACGCGUCAGUUAAAUAAGAAUGUAAUAUCACGAAGAAUGUAUAUUUUUACGCUUUAAAUAGGAAGUAAUGCCAAAAAGAAUGUAUAUCAAACAGAAUGUCUAUGACAUAUUUCAAAUAUAAUGGGCUAUCAAAGAGAAAGUCUAAUUUAUAUUAAUUGAAAUAAAACGCAAUAGCAAAUAGAAUGUCUAUUCUAUAUUUCUAAAGAAUGUUAUAUCAAAUAGAAUGUCUAUUUGACAUUCUGAAUAGAAUGUAACGUAAAGAGACGUCUAUUUUAUAUCUUAUGUAGAAUGUAAUAUCAAACAGAAUGUCUAUUUAUAUUUUAAGAAGGAAAUCAGCGUUCUGGAAAAAAAGGCGAGUGGUUCUACUCUUAAUUCAUGAGGGCAUCGUAAUUCCUUGGGGCACUUGUCAGGGCAUUCAACUUAUAGAACGCAACUGGAAUGCCCAAAAGGAAACUUCUGAUGUCUUUGUAUAAACAUCUGUCAGGGCAUCCAACUUAGAGCCUAACUGGAAUGAUCAAAGGGAGACUUUUGAGGUCUGUAUACAUUGUCAUGUUGAGAAUACUUAGAAAUUUUCCUUUAUUAAUGCAACUUCGAUAUUUCAUGAAGAUUACUUUUGUUUUAGAUGACUGGAACUUCAACUCUAGUGGUUAAAAGUAUAGAAUAUUUGCCCUUAUUUGGCUGUCAUUAAAUCCUAAGAUUAAUACCAAACAAUUGACCGACUUGUGUUCUUAGUGUUAUACGUCUAUAAACUAAAAAAAAAAUAAUUUCGUCUGUUAUUACUAUACAUUUAAAAUUCAACGAUAUGUAUAUCAACCAACAUGUUUUCAUCACACGUCGACAAAUAAAAAAAAAAUACACUUGCUUUGGGAAA